UCAUUUUCUACUCAUUUUAAAAAAUUAAAGAAAAAAAAAACCCUAAUUUUUGGGUUUGAAGGAAGGUCGGUGAGAGGAAAUUUGUGGAACUUUCUUGGGGAUUUUGGUGAAUCCAACCAUUGGUUCUUCCGCAAUACUUGCAGAACAUCGUGGUCAGAGAAAGAAGAAGAAACUGAAUAGGGAAAGUGUAAGGGGGCUAUGGGAAUCGACUAUUACAAGGUUUUGCAAGUCGAUCGAAAUGCCAAAGAUGAUGAUUUGAAGAAGGCUUACAGGAAGCUCGCCAUGAAAUGGCAUCCCGACAAGAACCCUACUAACAAGAAGGAAGCCGAGGCCAAAUUCAAGAAGAUCUCUGAAGCUUAUGAGGUUCUUAGCGAUCCCCAGAAGAGGGAAAUCUAUGAUCAAUACGGCGAAGAGGGUUUAAAGGGUCAGGUGCCGCCGCCUGAUGCCGGCGGACCUGGCGGAGCUUCCUUCUUUUCUACUGGCGAUCGGUCAUCAACAUUUAGAUUCAAUCCGCGAAACGCCGAAGACAUUUAUGCAGAAUUUUUUGGGUCGUCAAGCCCGUUUGGAGGAAUGGGAGGAGGACCAAGGUUUUCUAGUAGCAUUUUUGGUGAUGAUAUAUUUACGUCUUUUAGGGAAGGAGGGGGAGGAUCCAUGAACCAAGCUGCUACUCGUAAAGCUCCCCCAAUUGAGAAUAGAUUGCCUUGUAGCCUUGAAGAUUUGUAUAAAGGAACUACCAAGAAAAUGAAAAUUUCUAGAGAAGUUUCAGAUACAAGCGGGAAGAUCGUACCAGUGGAAGAGAUAUUAACAAUCGAUAUAAAGCCAGGUUGGAAGAAAGGAACAAAGAUCACAUUCCCUGAAAAAGGGAAUGAGCAGCCUCAUGUGAUACCUGCAGAUCUUGUCUUCAUCGUCGAUGAGAAACCACACGGUGUGUUCACUCGUGAUGGAAAUGACCUAAUUGUCACAGUAAAGAUAUCACUGGUCGAGGCUUUGACAGGUUACACUGUCCAUCUCACCACCUUGGACGGGAGAAGUCUAACGAUCCCAAUCAACAGCGUGGUAAAUCCAAGCUACGAGGAGGUCGUCCCAAGAGAAGGAAUGCCUAUGCAGAAAGAUCCGACAAAGAAGGGAAACUUAAGAAUCAAAUUUAACAUCAAGUUCCCAUCACGGCUGACUUCAGAGCAGAAGGCUGGGAUCAAGAAACUCUUGGGUUAGUAAUAUUUCAUGAUUUGUUGGCUUGGUUUUCUGUACUCAACCAAGAAACCACUCAUUGCAAAUACAGUGUUCGAAAAUUUUGCUAAAAGUGGGCCGCCUUGUUUGUUGUUUUUGUAUUUAAGGAUCUUCAUUUACUUUGUGUUCGUAAAUAUGUUUCCAUAGGGCUACAUCAAAUCUCCUUAGCCAUGCAGUAAUCUUUUCCUAAAAUAGUUGAAUGCUGGAGAAAUUUGGUUAUAAAGAUUCUGAACUUUUUGGGUAA